AUGGUAGAAAAGGUGUUUGAGAAAUGGAUACAUAAAACAGUAGAGGUCUAUGUCGAUGACAUGCUAGUAAAGAGCAAAGAGGAGGAAGAUCAUGUUGAUGAUUUGAGAGAAAUCUUUGAGCAGAUGCGAAAGUUCAAUUUUAAGGCUCAUAAGAUUAAGUCACAAAUCAUCGCAGAGUUCCUGGACGAAUUUCCAUUGGAGGAAGAUGAGUAUGUAGAAGAUAUGAUGGACGUGGAUGAGGAACAUGGGAAUCUUAAAGAUUUAUUGACAGAUCGAAAUUCAAACCGAUGGGAGAUACUAGUAGAUGGAUCGUCUAAUGGAGAAGGAAAUGGUAUUGGUAUUGUCUUUAUUUCACCAGAAGGAGCGCGAAUGGCUUACUCAUUCAGAUUGGAGUUCGCAUCUACAAACAAUGAAACCGAGUAUGAGGCAGUUGUACAUGCAUUGAAGUCAGCAAUUGAAAUGGAGGUACAGGAAGCGCGAGUAACUAGUGAUUCCCAAUUAGUAAUUCGACAGAUAGAAGGUAAAUAUUGUACAAAUGAACCAUAUUUACAGAAAUACAAGAAAUUGGUCAUGGAAUUAGCAGAGUGA